GGGGGCGGGGGGGGGGGUCAUCAUGAGGACACUUUGCCAUUUGUGGAAAACGGCCAGGAUGCCCAAAUGAAGCAACGGAAGCACUUACCAGUAUCGAAAGAAGUGUACUCACAAUCUUUGUGUAUAAAAUGUGCUACACUCUGCACAGAAACUCUUCUUGACAUGCUCUGGACUCCUUAGCGUAGAUUUGUGCGCUGACCCCUGGUAUGGGUUGACACUUAAGGUCGAGACACGGUACUACGUGACAACUGGAAGGGCAGACCUGGUAGUAGAGACUUGGCACUAGUAUAGAUUUGCCAGACUUUGUGGUGGACUGGAGGAGGGACGUGCUAGUAGUGGGCGCAUGGUGAUGUACAAAUGCGCUCUUUACACUCGUGUAUACAAAGUGAAAUCAAGACUCGCGACUUGAGGUUCGCUUGUAGUCUUUGUCGUUGGUAUUAGAGACUCAGUCGUGGAGAAAUGUGGCGUUCGAUGAGUUUUCAGAAGCACUGCAAUAUUUGUGUAUCUCCAGAUGACCCAGACGGUCUUCCUGAUCAUCACCGCCUUCCUUAUUAGCUGGACCUCGCACCUUCACUCAACCUCAACAAUCUUUUUAUUGCAUGUCCCUGAUGUGUAGCAGUUUGCUCGUUGCCUUCACUAUACAGCAAACCUGUCGAACGAUUGCCUUACUAGUAACAUUUUUUGGCACUACUAGUGCCACUUUUGGACGACCAGAGGGCAACACGUCGACUUCGAGGCACACGUUGACAUUGACUUUGCUCGCGGCUUGAACUUCUUCCUCGUCCAUUCUCAUUCGAUCCGAUUAGACGCUGCGUGGUGCAUUUCCGCCCCCUACGGGUGACUUUUGCUUCCACCGCAGAGUGCCACAGUGUUGGAGAUACGCCAGCGCAUUGUAGCAAACACGCUAACCGACGUGUCGACACGUCGGCCGUGUUGGAAAGGUCGACGUUCCCGUAGAAGUCAAUCCAGGGACACUGAAAUGAUGACGUGUCGUGCUCAUUUGUCCACCGAUUUUCACGAGGGGGACUGUUUUGUCAGGACCAAAGCCGGACGAUGUCAAUGAGAGGGAGAAGCCAAUUUUCCCACUUCCUCCGUCCUCACAGUUUUCUGUUUUGGGCACAAGGCCCUCCUGGGUCUUCCGGGUUUUCUUGGCCUCCGUCCACCACGGUGACCUCCUUCGGUUUAGCGUCGCUGUCGGCACGGAUCGAAGCGCGACCGUGUCCACGUCUGCGGCGUUCAAGCGAAGACCUCCGCUGCGUUUUGGGGCCCGGAGGCCGCCCCCGCGACUUCGUAUUUUGUUAAGACGGCUCGUUUUUAUCGGUCGUCAAUGCGCAGUAUGUUCAUACAACUUAAUACUUCGGCGUAUCGAGUGUAUAGAAAUAUUUUACGGGGGGGGGGAUGAGGCAAUGUCAGAAAAUGACCAAUAGGAGGCGGCAACGUGUCAAGGGCGCCUUAUUUGCAGGCAAUUCGACGAAGAAGACCACCGACAUUAGCAUCAGAGCGCUAAGUGCGAGCGCCUUGAAACGCGCAACCGUCGCUUAUGCUAUCGUUGCUGAAUUGGACACUUUUAGACCUUCGUCGAGGAAUUGAGAGGAAGGAAUCCCGCCUCCAAACGUCCCGGGCGGGCCUGAAAGCUUUCUCGUUCGUUUGGUUGCUGCCGCGUGAAAAUCAUGUGCAAGGUGAAGAUGCUGCGGGAGGCGGUGAACCGGCGGCUGGGCGCGGCCGUGGAGGAGAUCUUCGCGCUGCUGGAGAAAACCAUCGGCGAGUACGAGGAGGAACUUGCCGCAGCAAAACUGGAGAACCGGCGACAGCGUCAAGCCCUCGACGCUCUGCUGACGACAGACGUCCGUCGAGAAGUUCCCGUCAAGAGGCGCCGGCACGAGCGCCGCUCUGGGUCCGAGGAGGCCCAGGAGCCCCGUCCCGCCCCCGUGAAAGAGGAAACCCCGCGUGUUGACGACGGGGACCGGGCGGAGCUGUUGGAGGGGCCGCCUCGGGACCAGGCCCACGGCGACGCCGCGGAACUUCCGGUGACGCUUGUCGUCGUGAAGAGCGAAGACGAUGUCGCGGCAGCGCGGCGGGCGGGCUUCCGGGACAGCGCGAGUGUGGAGAGGAGAGCGGCGGCUUCCGCCGACGGCGGCGAGGAGGAAGACAACAAAGCCGAUGACAAAGUCUUCAAAUGCUCCCAAUGCCACAAAAGCUUUUCCCACCAGAAGAACUUGAAGCGACACAGCAGAUGUCACGCCGGGGAGAAACUCAUCAGCUGCUCGUUUUGCGCCCAGAAGUUCUCGCAGCGGGAACAUUUGCUAGAACACGGCCGCGUCCACGCCGGGGACAAACCUUUUUCCUGCUCGGUGUGCCACAUGACUUUCCGCUUUCACUCCACCUUUGUCAACCACAUGCGGACGCACACGGGCGAGAAACCCUUCAGCUGCCAGCUGUGCCACGUGAGCUUCGGCGUCCACUCGUCGCUCCUGAGGCACGCGCGCACCCACUCGGGCGAGAAACCCUUCGCCUGCUCAUUUUGCGAUAAAAAGUUCCCCAGGAAAACAAGUUUGAAAGAACACACCAGGAUCCACACCGGAGAGAAACCGUUCUCCUGCUCCAGGUGCGACAUGACCUUCCGCUUUCGUUCCAAGCUGGUGAACCACGUGCGGACGCACACGGGCGAGAGACCGUUCGCCUGCUCCGUGUGCGGCAAAACCUUUGCUCAGAAGGAACAUCUCAGGAUCCACACGGUCACGCACACGGGGGAAAAAGCCUUUUCCUGCUCCGUGUGCCGUCAGCGAUUCUCGGCCAAGAGCAGCUUGGUGACCCACAUGAGGACGCACACGGGCGAGAAGCCCUUCGGUUGUCGCCUGUGCCGGCUCAAGUUUGCCUACAAGUAUCAGCUGGACAAACACGUGUGCGCUUGUGGCGAGAGCAGCGGCGCUCGAACGCACUGCGAUGUUUAG